AUGACGCAGGUGACACAACAGCGUUUUGGCUGCUACAUUGGUAACAUUGACCGCAGUGUAUCGCUGGAUGUACUUCGUCAGGUGUUUUCACAAUGUGGCACCAUAAUCGACUGCUCUCUCAAUGGAAGGGACGAAGAUCCGUACCGCUAUGGCUUUAUCGACUUCGCCUCUGAGAAUGAUCGUGCGCGUGCGAUGAAGUAUAACGGUUUCACAUUAGCUGGAAGAAAGAUUAAGGUGGGAGUUAGCAAGGGCAACGUCGGACGACCAGAAGGUUUUAACAAUACCAACACCAAUACCAAUAACAACAACAAUACCAAUAACAACAAUAACAACAACAGCAACAACAACGCAACGAACAAUGCGGGUAAUCAAGAUCAAUCACAAAUGCAACAGCCCCAAAUUCCUGCAAUAUCACUUGCGGCAAAUCUUCUUCCAUCCAUUGUUCAGCAGCAACAACAAAGCGCACAGCUUCUUCUACAACUUAUUCAUCAAGGUGCCAUAGAUGUGAACAAGUUGUCUCCUGACCAGCAACAGAUACUUAUGGCCAAUCUCAUCCCACAGACGGCGCCCCCCGCACCUGGAAUCCCGGCCAUUCCACCCGCAGCGCCUAUAGCGUACCCGCCAAUGCAGCAGAUGUGGGGUGCGGCCCGCGGUGGGGGUGUUGGAGUGGGCGGCGGCUACCAGAACGUGGCGCCCGUAAACCGCAAUAUGGCCUUCACCCGCGGCCCGGCGAACCCGAUGCCGUCGGAGGAGACGAUGAAGUUGCGGGAGGUGCAGCGGAAACAAUUCCUCGACGUUGUGCGCCGCGACGCGGAGAAGUACGAGCGGAAGUUGCAGGAGCGCAGUGUGAAGGAGGGCCGCGCCGGCUCCGUGUCCGGCAGCGACGAUAGCACAUCCGACGAGGAGGGCGGGGAUCGGCAGCGGCGGGUGCACCGGCGGAAGGAGGGGACCGAUGGAAACACCGCCCAGCCGCACGACAGCACCGGCAGCAACAAAAACAACAACAAUGAGAGCCAGGAGAACAGCGAGGGUAAUAAUGCCACAUCCACCGCAGACAGGAACGACGGCGAUAGCCAAGACGACGGGAACAACGAAAACGAACAUAAUAAUAAUGAUAAUAAUAAUAAUAAUAAUAAUGGUAAUGAUAACAUUUCCGGUAGCAGAGGAGAAGUAGAGGAAAUGAAUGAAAACAAUGAAAACAGUGCGAUGAUGGAGGAAAAGGAGGAAACCAAAGAAUCAGCAGACGAUCGUGAGCACAUUUAG